UCAAGUCAAGCCCCUUCUCGUGGUUCUGCUAAGGAAGGUGACCUGGAACAUUUAGAGAGGCUGGACUGGGCCUGUUUGUGCCACGUGCCGAGAGAUGGAGAGAUGAGGCUGACUGUGAGACUCUCCUGCCCAGCCCCAGUGUAGGUCUCUGAGGGGUGGUGAGCAGUGGGGGCCACAUCAGACUGGUCACCAAUACAUCUGGCUCUGUCGUGGCUCUGUGGUCACUCCUGGGGGUCUGAUCUGCUUUGCUAAGUCAUGGAGACGGAAGAUGUUUCAAAGGCUGAAGACAAAGCUGAGGAUCCAGCUUCCCAAAAUGAAGGCCAGCCUGAUGUUGCUCAGCCUGACUUCCCACAUGGAAGGCAUUCCCAGGGCCCCACAGCUCUCUGGGAGAUGCUAGAAAGGAAGUUUCUGGGAUAUCAGCAGUUGGUUCAUAGGAGCCCUGCUGAACGUCAGAAGAGCCUGUUGAGUCUUCUCCCAUUGUUCCUAAAGGCCUGGGAACAUUCUGUGGGGAUCAUCAGCUUUCCCAAUCUCCAAAUGCUGGCAGAAGAUGUUUCCAACCAGCUAGCCCAAGAAAUACACAAGGCACUUGUGGGAAAGCCUGCAGAACAAGCACGGGCUGCAGCCGGGCAGCUGCUGCGGUGGAAGGGAGAUGCGGAUCAGGAUGGCUACCUGCUCCUGAAGUCAGUGUUUGUGCUCACGGGGACAGACUCAGAGACACUGGGCAGAAUUGCAGAAUCUGGACUCCCAGCCCUGCUCCUGCAAUGUCUUUACCUCUUCUUUGUCUUUCCUCUGGAAAAGGAUGAGUUUCUUGAGAACGAUAUUCAAGUUCAGAGGAUGUUCAUGCAGAUGUUGGUCAACAUUUGCAGUGAGUCUCAGGGGCUGGAGAGACUUCUCUCAGGGAAUGAACUCCAGUCUUUAAUGAUUGCCACAACCUGUCUCCGGGAGCACAGCUGCUGCUUUUGGAAGGAGCCCACCUUCUGUGUGCUGAGGGCCAUCUCCAAGGCCCAGAACCUCAGCAUCAUACAAUACCUGCAGGCCAUGGAUUGUAUCAAGAUCUCCCUGCAGAACCUCUCCAGGCUUGCAGCCUCUCUCCCUGCCCCCGAGGUGAGCGAGGUUGUGAACCUGGUCUUGGGCUUCGUGAAGGACUCCUACUCUGUCUCCCCUGCUCUGCUCCUGGAGUUUGAGAUCGGGGAGGGCUAUCCCCUGCUCCUCAAAGUGUUACUCCGGUAUGACGGGCUGACCCAGAACGAAGCAGACCCUCACCUGGAGGAGCUCCUCGGGCUGGUGGUGUGGCUGACAACCUGUGGGAGUUCAGAGCUGAACGUGUUUGACAGUGUCACUUACCCUCAGCUGGAAGGCUUCAAGUUUCAUCACGAGGCUUCUGGGGUAACUGUUAAGAAUCUUCAGGCCUUCCAAGUCCUGCAGAAUGUUUUCCACAAAGCCAGAGACUCUGUCCUAUGCACGAAAGUCUUAUUGGCCAUCAGGACCAUGUGGGCCUGGAACGCCCGCAACUUCUUCCUGCUGGAGUGGACCCUGCAGCCCAUCUCGCAGUUUGUGGAGAUGGUGCCCCUGAAGCCAGCCCAAGUGCAGAUGCACUUCUUCCAGUUGCUGGAGGCCCUGGUGUUUGAGCUGCGUUAUGUGCCCCAUGAGAUCCUGGGAAAGGUGCAGCGCCUGAUCAAGGAGAGCUCAGAGCCACUCUGCACCCUUGCGGCCCUGCAGAGUAUCCUCAGGAUAGCUGGGGCAGACCCUCUCUUCACAGACAUCUUCCGGGACUCGGGGCUCCUGGGCCUGCUGCUAGCCCAGCUGAGGAGGCGGGCCAAGAUCCUGAGGAAGUCAGGAAACAAAGAGUCCAUUCUCGGUGCUCAGGAUCCAGAAAGAGAACUGACCUGUGUGAUGCUGGAAACCAUAGUCACGCUUCUAAAAGGCUCAGUUCGGAAUGCGGUUGUUCUGAAAGACCAUGGCAUGGUGCCCUUCAUCAAGAUCUUUCUGGAUGAUGAGUGCUACCGGGGAGCCUCACUCAGCGUCUUGGAGCACCUCUCAGUCAUCAACACCGAGGAGUACAUGAGCAUCAUCGUGGGUGCUUUGUGCUCUUCCACUCAAGGGGAGCUGAACCUGAAACUGGAUCUCCUGAAGUCUCUACUUCGGAUCCUGGAGACACCCAAAGGCCGUGCUGCUUUCAGAGUAUCCAGUGGGUUCAAUGGGUUGCUGUCCCUGCUCUCUGACCUGGAAGGGUCUCUCCAGGAUCCCCCACUGCAGACGUGUGGGGCGGUGUCUCCCAGCCAGACCCUGGACCUGGUCCUGCAUACCCUCUGUGCUGUGUCUGCGGCGCUGCACCAGGACCCUAUCAAUGGUGACUUCUUCAAGAGGAACGGGCUCUUUGAGAAGCUGGCUGAAGACCUAUGCUUGCUGGGCUGUUUUGGGGCCCUGGAAGAAGAGGGAGCCCCUGUGCACUCCUGGGAGGGCACAAAGGCCAGGUCAUUUGCUGAUUUACUGAGUGCGGCCUUUUCCUCUGCCAGCCCAUUCCCACCCAAGAUACAGAGCUGCCUCCAGAUCCUCAGCUUUUUGGACAUCAUGGCCAAUGGAACCCUCCACCUGUGCAGGGACCUGAAGGAGUCGCCGAGGGCUGGACAGGAGGCAGCUGUGGAUGCCCAGAAGGGAGAAACUAGCAGUGAUCCCCAAGGCAACUUCGAGCAGUGGCCGGAGCUGGAGGAGAGGAUGGAUGAAGGUGACACUGUGAUCAUGCAUCCCGGGGUCCUCUGCAUCAUGGUGAGGCUGCUGCCUCGGCUGUACCAUGAUGAUCACCCCCAGCUUUCCCAGGAGAUCCAGUGUUCCAUGGCCAGUCACAUCCAGUCCCUGGUGAAAUCAGAGAAGAACCGUCAGGUCAUGUGUGAGGCAGGGAUGCUCAGGACCCUCAUGACCUCCUGCCACCACAUCUUGACUACCAGCAGCAGCCCCCUGCACUCGGGCCUCAUCAGGAUUUUUGAAAAGCUUGCUUCUCAAGCCAUUGAACCAGAUGUGUUAAGACAGUUUUUAGGCCUUGGAACUCCCCCGCCUCAGUCGGCUGCAAUGAGAAUUCCCAAUUCAUCUCGUGUGCAUGGAGGGGACUCUGGAUGCUCAGGGUCACAGGCAGGGGUACCAGUGACUGUUGAGAAUCCUGCGCGAGCCACCCAGGAUGCCAGCCCAUGCUCAGCAGCCACACAGACCCUCAGGCCCUCGGGGCCAUUCCAGGGCUCCACUACUGCCCUUCAGAUGGCACUGAGCCUCAUCUCCAUGACCUCCCCGCGCAACCUGCAACCUCAGAGGGCUGCCUUGGCUCCAUCAUUCGUGGAAUUUGACAUGUCUGUGGAAGGUUAUGGCUGUUUGUUUAUACCGACCCUGUCUACGGUUAUGGGAACCAGCACCGAGUACUCAGUCUCCGGAGGAAUUGGGGCAGGUGCUGCCAGGUCCUUCCCUCCCCCCGGGGGCCUGACCUUCUCCUGCUGGUUCCUGAUCAGCAGACACAGCACUGUCACCGAGGGCCAGCCGCUGCACUUCCUAACCCUGGUACGCCACCUGGCCAGGACCGAGCAGCCCUUUGUCUGCUUCUCAGUCAGCCUCUGCCUGGAAGACCUCUCCUUGAUUGUGUCUACAGAAGAGAAAGAGUUUCAGCCCCUGGAUGUUAUGGAACCUGAGGAUGACUCUGAGCCUUCUGCGGGACGCCAGCUUCGGGUCAGGUGUGGCCAGCUACUGGCUUGUGGUCAGUGGCAUCACCUGGCUGUGGUUGUCACCAAGGAAAUGAAAAAGAAUUGUACUGUUUCUACCUACCUGGAUGGACAGGUCAUUGGCUCAGCCAAGAUGUUGUAUAUUCAGGCCUUGCCAGGACCUUUCCUCUCAAUGGACUCAUCAUCAUUUGUGGAUGUUUAUGGAUAUAUUGCUACACCUCGGAUUUGGAAACAAAAGUCAUCAUUAAUAUGGCGUCUUGGCCCUACAUACCUCUUCGAAGAAGCCAUCUCAAUGGAAACUCUGGAAGUUAUUAACAAACUUGGCCCAAGAUACUGUGGUAAUUUCCAAGCUGUGCAUGCCCAAGGAGAGGAGCCUGGUGCAGAAGCAGUGUCCCUGGUUGCAGAGGAAAGGGUUGCUUUUGGCCUUCACCUCGCCAGCUCCUCCAUUACCAGUGCUGCGAACAUUAGAAGCACGUACAACGAGGUGGACAGCCGCCUGAUUGCCAAAGAGAUGAACAUUUCAUCCCGUGACAAUGCCAUGCCUGUGUUCCUGCUAAGAAAUUGUGCUGGGCAUCUCUCAGGUUCUCUUCGAACCAUUGGAGCUGUGGUUGUGGGCCAUUUAGGGGUAAGGGUGUUCCACUCCAGCCCUGCUGCCAGUAGCCUGGACUUCAUUGGCGGGCCUGCCAUCCUCCUGGGCCUCAUUUCAUUGGCGACGGAUGACCACACCAUGUACGCAGCUGUGAAAGUCUUGCAUUUGGUCCUGACCAGCAAUGCCAUGUGUGACCGCCUGAUGCAGCAAAUCUUUGGGUACCAGAUAAUGGCGUUUCUCCUGAGGAAAAAGACCUCUCUCCUAAACCAUCGAGUUUUUCAGCUGAUUCUCUCCAUUGCUGGCACUGCAGAACUGGGCUUCGGGUCAUCUGCCAUCACCAACAUUGGUGUCUUCCAGCACGUCAUCUGCAAUUUUGAGCUCUGGAUGACUGCUGCAGACAACCUGGCGCUCUCCCUCUUUUCUCAUCUUGUGGAAAUCCUUCGAUCACCAAGGGAAGGCCCCCGGAAUGCUGAAGUGGCUCACCAGGCACAGCUUAUACCCAAGCUCGUCUUCCUCUUCAAUGAGCCAGGCCUCAACCCCUCCAAGAUCCCCAUCAUCAUUGCCAUUCUGGACUGUCAGCUGAGGGGCUACUUCAGCAUCCAGGAUUUUCUCAGAAUCGCAGUGUUUGUUGUGUACACCCUCAAACCUUCAUCAGUGGACGAGAGGCAGGUCUGUGUGGAUGGAGUCCUGGAGCCCUCUGUGCCUGCUGGAAGCCAAACAUCUGGAAAGACAAUCUGGCUCAGAAACCAGUUGCUGGAGAUGCUGCUCAAUGUAAUAUCUUCCUCCCAACUUCAUCUGUCCUCUGAGACAAAGGAAGAGAUGUUCCUGAGCCUGGCCCCUGACUGGUUCCUGCUGCUCAUGCAGGGCCACCUGCAUCCCCGCACCAUCGUACUGGGAUUAAAGCUGCUGCUGUACUUUUUGUCAAACCCCUCCCUCCGUGGGCGAUUUAAAGAUGGCCUGUCUGCAGGAUCCUGGGUGGAACGCAGCUCCGAAGGCAUGAACAUCAUGAUGGAUAACCUGAAGAGCCAUCUUCCCACACCUGACCAGAGCACCUGCCUGCUUCCUGGGUUCAGAGUCCUGAACAACUUUCUGGUCCACCGUGUUCACAUUCCGGAAGUCUACCUCAUCGUGUCCACCUUCUUCCUACAGACACCACUUACAGAGCUGAUGGAUGGGCCCAAAGACAGCCUGGAUGCCAUGCUUCAGUGGCUCCUGCAGAAGCACAACACAGAUGAAGUCCUCCGGGCUGGCCUGUGCACUGAGGGUGCCUUGCUGCUUCUGGAAAUGCUGAAAGCCACCAUGAGCCAGCCCCUGACAGGUAGUGGAGACGGCGCCUGGGAACAGACCUUCCCGGACAGCGUGCUGCACUUCCUUGGCCUUGUGCACAGCACCUACCCCCAGGACCCAGCCUGGCGGGCCCCAGAGUUCCUCCAGACCUUGGCCACCAUUACCUUCCCCCUGGGAAUCCACAAGGGGGUUACCAUUGAGUCUGCCCAGAACGCCAGCAGUCCCGGGCCCAACGCUGGAGAUUACAGCAUUAUGGAGGGACUACAGGCUCCUGCACAGUCACAUCCCACAAGGAGACAGCUCAGGAAGUUCAUGCAGCUACUCUUGAGGGAGCUCUUGCUUGCAGCUUCCAGCCCCAAGCAGUGGCUGCUGCUGGAAGUCUUCCUGGAGGCUUCUCCAGACAAUGCCACCAGCCAACAGAAGCGAGACUUCCAGUCUGCGGUCCUGCUUUCCACCAUGGAAAUAUUUCAUGUGAUGAGUGGAGGCAACAUGUCGGUGCUCACAGGCAGUAAAGAGUCACAGCCAAACACAGAAGCUGCUGCUGCUCCUUCAUAUGUGAAUAUCUCCCACUUUACCCAGAAGCUGGUGGAGAAGCUGUACAGUGGGAUGUUCUCAGCAGACCCCAGACACAUCCUUCUCUUCAUCACAGAGCAUAUCAUGGUGGUCAUCGAGAAUGCCUCUUCUCAAAGGGACACUGUCAUCAGUGCUUUAUACAGCAGUUUAAAUAAAGUCAUUCUUUAUUGCCUCUCCAAGCCCCAGCAAUCCCUCUCUGAAUGUCUCAGCCUUCUCAGCAUCCUGGACUUUCUACAGGAACAUUGGGACAUUAUCUUUGCCACCUAUAACUCCAACACCAGCUUCCUCCUGUGUCUCAUGCAUUGCCUGUUCCUGCUCAGUGCAAGGAGUUAUCCAGAAGGAUUUGGAUUGGAACCCAAACCUAGAAUGACUCCUUAUCAUCAAGUGUUUCUUUCUCCCAAUGAAGAAGUGAGAGAAAAAAGAGAGGACGACUUCCCUAGUUUGAGUGAUGUCCAGCACAAUAUCCAGAAGGCAGUGCGGACCCUCUGGCAGCAGCUGGUGGCACAGAGGCGGCAGGAGCUGGAGGACACCUUCAAGAUUGAUCUUUCUGUAAAACCUGGGGAAAGAGAAGUGAAGAUUGAAGAGGUCACCCCUCUCUGGGAGGAGACAAUGCUCAAGGCCUGGCAUCAUUACCUAGCAUCUGAGAAGAAAUUGCUGACCAGUCGCUCAAAUGUGGGACACCAUAGCAAAGUCACUUCGUGGAGCGGAAGCUGGUCCUCAGCCAUGAGGUUGAUGCCUGGGCGGCAGGCCAAGGACCCUGAGUGCAAGUCAGAGGAUUUUGUGUCAUGUAUUGAGAACUACCGAAGAAGAGGACAGGAGCUCUAUGCAUCUUUAUACAAAGAUCAUGUACAGAGGUGGAGAUGUGGUAACAUCAAGGCAGCCAAAGCCUGGGCCAGGAUCCAGGAGCAGCUUUUUGGGGAGCUGGGCUUAUGGGGCCACAUGGCAGAAGCCACACCUUGUUCCCGGUGGGAACUGGACUGGAGAGAAGGACCCGCCCGUAUGAGGAAACGCAUCAGGCGCUUUUCUCCGCUGGAGGCCCUGAGCGCACAAAGGCUCAAGGAAAGCCAAGACAGAAAUGGUGAUAGUUCUCAAACAAAUGUUGAAAGCCAAGAUAAGCCCACACCAAGGGAAGCUGACAGUGAGGGGGAUGAUCUGGUGGCAGUGGACUGCACCCAGCUGACCUUUUUCCCUGCCUUACACGAAAGUCAGCACUCUGAAGACUUCUUGGAACUGUGUCGGGAAAGACAAGUGAUUUUACAAGAGUUUCUUGAUCAUGAAAAGGUGACACAGAAGUACUCUCUGGUGAUCGUGCAGGGCCACCUGGUCUCUGAAGGGCUCCUGCUGUUUGGCCAUCAGCACUUCUACAUCUGUGAGAACUUCACACUCUCUCCUGUGGGUGAUGUCUACUGCACCCGCCACUGCUUAUCCAACAUCAGCGACCCAUUCAUUUUCAACCUGUGCAGCAAAGACAGGUCCUGCGACCAUUACUCGUGCCAGCGCCACAGCUAUGGUGACCUCAGGGAGCUCCAUCAGGCACGCUUCCUCCUGCAGGACAUCGCCCUGGAGAUCUUUUUCCGAAAUGGAGAUUCCAAGUUUCUUGUCUUCCACAAUAGUGAUCGGAGUAAGGCCUUCAAAAGCUUCUGCUCUUUCCAACCCAGCUUGAAGGGGAAAACUGUAUCGGAGGACCCCCUCAAUCUAAGGAGAUACCCCAGCUCCGACAGGACCAUGCUGCAGAGGUGGCAGAAAAGGGACAUCAGCAAUUUCGAGUAUCUCAUGUACCUCAACACCCUGGCUGGAAGGACCUAUAAUGACUACAUGCAGUAUCCAGUGUUUCCCUGGGUCCUGGCUGACUACACCUCACAGACAUUGAACUUGACGAAUCCCAAGACUUUCCGGGAUCUUUCAAAGCCCAUGGGAGCCCAGACUAAGGAAAGAAAGCUGAAAUUUAUCCAGAGAUUUAAAGAAGUCGAGAAGACUGAAGGAGACAUGACCGUUCAGUGCCACUACUGUACUCACUAUUCCUCGGCCAUCAUCGUCGCCUCCUACCUGGUCCGGAUGCCACCCUUCACCCAGGCCUUCUGCUCUCUGCAGGGUGGAAGCUUCGAUGUGGCAGAUAGAAUGUUCCACAGCAUGAAGAACGCAUGGGAGUCAGCCUCCAGAGAGAACAUGAGUGAUGUCAGGGAGCUGACCCCGGAGUUCUUCUACCUGCCCGAGUUCCUAACCAAUUGCAAUGCAGUGGAGUUCGGCUACAUGCAGGACGGGACAGCACUGGGGGAUGUGCAACUCCCUCCAUGGGCUGAUGAGGACCCUCGGAAAUUCAUCAGCCUGCACAGACAGGCUUUGGAAAGUGACUUCGUCAGUGCGAACCUCCACCAUUGGAUAGACCUCAUUUUUGGGUACAAGCAGCAGGGAUCGGCCGCAGUGGAGGCUGUUAAUACCUUCCACCCCUACUUUUAUGGUGACAAAAUAGACCUCAGCAGCAUCGGUGACCCCCUGAUCAGGAACACCAUCCUGGGGUUUGUCAGCAACUUUGGACAGGUGCCCAAACAGCUCUUUACUAAACCUCACCCGGCCAGGACUGCUGCAGGGAAGCCUGCCUCUGGAAAGGAUGUCUCCACACCUGUGAGCCUGCCCAGCCACCCACAGCCCUUUUACUGCAGCCUGCAGUCGCUGCGGCCCUCCCAUGUCACAGUCAAAGAUAUGUACCUUUUCUCUCUAGGGUCAGAGUCCCCCAAAGGUGCCAUCGGCCACAUCGUGUCCACCGAGAAGACCAUCCUGGCCGUGGAGAAGCACAAGGUGCUGCUGCCUCCUCUCUGGAACAGGACCUUCAGCUGGGGCUUCGAUGACUUCAGCUGCUGCCUGGGGACCUACGGCUCUGACAAAAUCCUGAUGACAUUCGAGAACGUGGCUGCCUGGGGACGCUGUCUGUGUGCUGUCUGCCCAUCCCCCACAAUAAUCAUCACCUCUGGGGCCAGCGCUGUGGUGUGUGUAUGGGAGCUCAGCACGGCCAAGGGCCGCCCAAGAGGCCUGCACCUCAAAAAGGCCUUGUAUGGACACACACAGGCUGUCACAUGCCUGGCAGCAUCAGUCACCUUCAGCCUCCUGGUGAGUGGCUCCCAAGACUGCACUUGCAUCCUGUGGGACCUGGACCACCUCACCCACGUGGCCCGCCUGCCUGCCCACCGGGAGGGCAUAUCUGCCAUUGCCAUCAGUGACGUCUCGGGCACCAUUGUCUCCUGUGCGGGAGCCCACUUGUCCCUGUGGAAUGUCAAUGGACAGCCCCUGGCCAGCAUCACCACAGCCUGGGGCCCAGAAGGAGCCAUAACCUGCUGCUGCAUAAUGGAGCUGCCAGCAUGGGACACCAGCCACAUCAUCAUCACUGGAAGUCAAGACGGCAUGGUCCGGAUCUGGAAGACUGAGGAUGUGAACAUGUCUGGCCCUGGGCGGACAGCACCAGAGGAGCCCUUGGCUCAGCCUCCAAGCCCCCGAGGUCACAGGUGGGAGAAGAAUCUUGCCCUGUGCAGAGAGCUGGACGUCAGCGUUGCUUUGACAGGGAAGCCCAGUAAGACCAGCCCUGCAGUGACCGCUCUAGCCAUGUACAGAAACCAGACCAAACUCCUGGUUGGCGAUGAGAAGGGGAGAAUAUUCUGCUGGUCUGCAGAAGGGUAGGAAGAAAGAGACAAUGGAGGUCCUGGCAUAGCAGCUGUGAGCAGCUGCACCAGGUGGAAUGCAGGCUGACACAGUGCUGGAUGCAAAGGAAACCCCAGGGCCUCGCUUCCUCAUGGCCUCUGAGGACAGGGCUGGCUAGCCAUCAGAGCUCCACACCCUGAGCUCUCGCCAUGGCCCAUGGGACUUUGGCCUUGGAUUGUAUAAGGAUGCAUUUUACAAAAUGAAUAAGAGCUCACAUGGGGGCCUGAGCACUGAAAGCCGAGACUCGCUGAUGCUGCCUGAACACGAAAUCACACACGACUCACCUUUUCAAAGGGUUAUUGCACUGGGAAAAAAAAAAAUCCGGUCUCUUACUGGAAACUAAUGGGAAACAUUGUAUUGUCUUAAUUUUAUUAAAGCAAUGAUUAUCCAAAUGCAA